CUCGCUUGUUUCCUUCCCUCAUCUUCAUCCAAGCCUUCACCAGUCAGGACCAUGUUUGAUAUCCAGAACACCUUAGCUCUGUGCUCUCGGGAUCUUGGAAAAGAGUCCAAUGACGCAUCAACCAUUGAAUUGGGUCCAACCGACGUUCAUGCACACGUCAGCGACAUUCCAGCAGAGAUCCUGCAAAGUAUACUCGACUUCACAGUCGCUCCAACUUUUCUGCUCACCCCGGGCCUUACCAUACGCGAGGAUGCUUGGCUGAUCUACAUGAAAAUCAAGCGAUCCCUGCCGCUUGUAUGCCGCUCCUGGUACGCGUCUGCCAACCCGAUGCUAUAUCGUGACAUUGCCCUCCGAAGCGUUGGGCAGGUCGCAGCACUUCUCGAGACGCUGCAGAACGCACCGACGCUUGCCUCUCUCAUCACUUCUCUCUCGUUCGCCUGCUACGUCGCGGAGCAUCACGAAGAGGCAUACGCAAACGACGCCACCCUUCUUUUGCAGCUGUGCCAGGCCGCGCGCAGCGUAUCCUUCAUUGCCAUGAACGCGCCUCUAUCCCUUCCUCAGCUCCUGCCUCUGCUGAACCCCGCUUGCCCUCCGCUCCCGCACCUCACUCGGCUGCACUUGAACGAAGGUUUUGACAGUGAGGCCUUACUAUCAGAUCAGUACAAACUGGUAGCAACACCGGGCGAGGAGGGCUGGUAUAUUCGAACGCAACCGCUACGCCCGCGUCGCUUUUUAGUGGGCGCGAGCCAUCACCUAGUGGAGCUCAGUCUUCCCUUCGUCAGCGCCAUGCAAUCCGCCCCGGCGCUGACAUUCCCCUCGCUUGUCAGCUUUGGUUGCUUGGUGAAUUGUAUAGGCAGCGACAGCUUCGGACGCAUCACCUCAAUUUGGGAGAUGCCUCGCCUCCAAAGGUUUAGCAUCUCCCUCUUGGGCCUUGGAAGCCCGUAUCUCUUUCAAUACAUGGGAACGAGAGACUAUCUUCCUCGCAUCGGGUCUUUCGUCGCCCGGCACGGUGCUCAGCUACGCUACCUUCAUAUCCUCGACCAUGCACAUUACACCAAUGACCAUCGCGACCUCAUGCUUGAUAUACAAUCCGCACUCGACCACUGCCCACGUCUCGAGCAUCUCGUGCUGCCGUCGAACGUGCGGCCCACCCCAGCGCUUCACCAUCCCACCGUACGAUGGAUUGACAUCUGGAUGCCCCAUAGAGGCGACGCUUCGCACUGUAUCACCAGAAAGGGGAUAGCGCCGUUCGGGCAAACUGCAGACUCACGUGCAGCACGCAGUGGUGAUCAGAAAUACAUGUUCCCUCGCCUCCAAGGCGGUCGUGCCAUCGACGCCGCGCUCUCGUUCUUCCGGGACCUGCCGUGGAUCUUGCGCCCCGACACAUGGGCAGGAGUGACCGCCGAGCUCAAGUACCCGGGCAUUGACGUCAAGCACGACAAAAUGAACAUCUGGCGUGCAGACCUCCAACCAGAGUAUACCGCCCCCCAAGGCGACGGGAUGGACGAGGAGCGAAUGCCAUUCGGUGGCAUACCACAGGAGAGCAGGGGAUGGCCCCGCGAUAGAAUUCUCUUCGAGUACGGGACUUACGUGUGGACAGAUGAAGAAGGGUCUGAUGGAGACAUGUCUUCUGUCCACAGCUCGGAUAGCUCUUGGUUGGCUUCGGACGAGGAGACGAAUGGCGUUGAGCCAAUGCAGUGGACCCACGACGACAUCCUUCGUGUCUUCAGGGAUCCUGAUAAUCAUUACGCGGACAGGCUAGAAGACAAAGCAACUCGCGCGUAUGAGAGGUUGUAGAAAGAGCUGCUACUAUCACUGCGCGGUAGUACAGGCUGUAGUGCUGGAACCUAGCAAAUUGCGUCUGACAAGCGCUGAACAUACGAGUGUCAUUUGAAUCUCGCGAUACUUGGUGUGACUGC